GAGAACCAUGUAGAAGUACAAUAACAUCACCCUGGUGAAGACCAGCUUCAUAACCACAUAGGUUAUUUCUCUUAAUCUAUAAUUUGUGCCUCCUCAAACUCCCAGAAAUAUGCAUGUUUUGAGUCCUCCGUGACUUUCCUACAUACCUUGUUUCACUGCAGUUUUUCAUCUGGCCUUUGAUAUCCAGCAAAAGAAUGAAUUAUUCAGUUUUCUGCUCACUUCAAAGUCCAUGUUUUGAGUUGGGGAAUUGCCGCGUGCUUUCAGCGUUGUCUUCCCGCUAUUAUACGAUCAUGGCCUGGAGUGGUCUCCUUCCUAUGGCCAGGGUACAAUGGUCAGUGCCAGUGAUGCUACUACUGCUACUCUACUCACGCGAGUUGUCCUCGACCCCUGCCCGGCAUCUGUGUGGCUCUCAACUGGUGGAUGCUCUCUACUCAGUAUGUGGAGAAAGGGGCUUUUUCUACGGUCCCAGUCGACCCUACAAGCGAGAUUUGGAACAUCUGCUCGGGUUCCUGUCAAAAAGAUCCAGACAAGAGCAGAGCCUGUGGAGGGGUCUGUCUGGUCACAAUGAGCCCAAGGUGAAGAGAGGCAUCGUGGAGCAGUGCUGCAAUAAGCCUUGCAGCAUUAACCACCUGGAGGGUUACUGCAACUGAUGCGCCACCCCACAACUGCAAAACAAUCAUAGCUUGUAAAAAGGUCCCGAAGUCAAUUUCUGGCACAAUAUUUGCUGGCUAUGUCUUAUCAAAUGAAGGAAAUAAAGCUUCAUGACCCAUAACCCAAA